CUCUCCGUACCCAGCCCUCUUCUCCGCUCGCCCCUCCCUGCAGGUCGCCGGCCUGGCGCAGCCCGGUUCUCCGCAGCCGCUGGGCCCCAGCCGUCGUGCCCACGUCUGGCGGGGCGCCCGUGGUGGGUCGGCGGUGAGGUGAUUUCUUAGGAGGCACAGAAAUCUUUGAAGGGCCUUGUACCCUCCUGAAGGAUGGCAGAAGCAGUGUUGGUUGAUUUCUUUGGUUUGAAAUUUAACUCUCAGAAAAACAGUCAUCAGGCAUUACUAAAGACAUUGAAUGCUGUCAGAUACCACCAUGCUGCCAAAGCCAAGUUUCUUUGUAUAAUAUGUUGCAGUAACAUCAGCUGUGAAAGGGAUGGUGCACAUAAUCACUGUGAAUUAGAAGCAAGCAAUGGAUUAUCAACUCUCUUGAGAGGAUUUGAGACUGUUAGCAAUCCUAGUAUGGCUGCCUCUUUGUAUACUAUUAAGCAAAAAAUUGAUGAAAAAAAUUUGACCAGCAUUAAAGUAAUUGUACCCACGCACCGGAAGACAUUACUGAAGGCUUUUAUUGAUCAGCUCUUCACCGAUGUUUACAGUUUUGAGUUUGAAGACUUACAGGUGACUUCGAGGGGAGAUCCUUUGAAACAAUCCACUGAAAUAAACAUGAUCACAGCUCAAGAAGUAGAAGCAAUCCAGAAUGAAAUUCAAACAUAUUUGAGAAGCCUGCCAGCACUGAGAGGAGAGUUAACCAUUAUCACAUCUCCUUUAAUCUCAGCAGAUAUUUUCUUACACGGAUUUACUACAAGAACAGGUGGAAUAUCCUACAUCCCAACUCUUAGCUCAUUCAAUCUCUUCAGUAGUUCCAAAAGGAGAGAUCCCAAGGUCGUUGUUCAAGAAAAUCUGCGUAGGUUGGGAAAUGCUGUAGGAUUUAAUGUGGAGAAAUUUUACCGAAUAAAGACUGAUCAUGCCAAUGACGUCUGGAUUAUGGGAAGGAAGGAACCUGAAUCUUAUGAUGGAAUCACCACAAAUCAGAGGGGAGUCACAAUAGCAGCUCUUGGUGCUGACUGUAUACCAAUUGUUUUUGCUGAUCCUGUCAGAAAAUCAUGUGGUGUUGCUCACGCUGGUUGGAGGGGUACUUUGCUAGGUGUUGCUAUGGCUACAGUGAAUGCUAUGAUCACAGAAUAUGGGUGUAAUUUGGAAGACAUUAUUGUUGUACUGGGACCUUCAGUAGGACCUUGCUGUUUUACUCUGCCAAAGGAAUCAGCAAAGGAAUUUCAUAAUCUUGAUCCUGAAUGUGUACGGUUAUUUGAUUCACCAAAUCCUUACAUUGACAUUCGUAAAGCCACCAGGAUUCUUCUAGAACAGGGAGGAAUUCUACCACAGAAUAUUCAAGACCUGAACCAAGAUCUUGACCUCUGUACGUCCUGCCAUCCUGACAAGUUUUUCUCCCAUGUCCGAGAUGGCCUUAAUUUUGGUACACAGAUUGGCUUCAUAUCAAUUAGAGAAUGAGAUACUUGACUGGAUUUUUAUGCAACUGUUUCCUGCCUCCUUCUCAACUGACUACAAGAGGGAAAUUUAGCUGUUUGAUUUACUUAAAACCGAUGGAUUAAAUGGAUAAUUCAUCUUUUAGGUAUAUUUUCAGUAUUAAUCCAAAGCCAAAUGAGUUUCAUUUGAUUCCAGCAAAAUCUAGAUGAAGAUUAUUCUUUAGGUUUGUUCUGUUUGUUAUAUAAAUCAGUAAUAGGGCUGUUCAGUUCAGUAUUUACUGGGUAUACCCUAUUUGUCAGGCAUUGUAUGAAGAAUAUCUGAAUUAAAGUGGGUUAGACCUUUUCACCUUUAGUCUAAUGCAGUGAAGGAGAUAAACACUUAUAAUACUUAAAUUUAAUUUUGAUAGCAGCAGAAGAGUACAGAAGAAGGAAGGUUAUGGAAAGUGCCAUAGAGAAUAUGAUGUAUCAUAUGGGCCCAAAAGAUGCACAGGCUUUUGAUAAAUGAAGAAUAGCCGUAACAGAUAGAGGGAAUACCAUGAACUAGGGCUAUGAAAUUGAAAGUGUAAACCAUGUUCUAGAGAGAAAAGGGUGUAGGCAGAAGUUACUAGAAAAACAGGUUGGAAAGAGAUUAGUCUCAAAUGCCAUGUCAAAGAGUGUAGGGUUGAUUUUCCAGGUAAAGAAUAAACACAAAAAACAGGGUAGUGUUUUUAUUUCCUUAGCAUCAUUUGUAACAGGAUGGAUUUAAAUUGUGAGAGACCAAAGCAGAAAGAUGUAUUUACAUGGAGGCUUAAGUGGGUAGGAAAAGAAUAAAUGAAACAAGAUGGGAUUGGGAGGGAGACAAACCAUAAGUGACUCUUAAUCUCACAAAACAAACUGAGGGUUGCUGGGGGGAGGGGGUUUGGGAGAAGGGGGUGGGAUUAUGGACAUUGGGGAGGGUAUGUGCUUUGGUGAGUGCUGUGAAGUGUGUAAACCUGGUGAUUCACACACCUGUGCCCCUGGGGAUAAAAAUAUAUGUUUAUAAAAAAUAAAAAAUUAAUUUUAAAAAAUAAAUAAAUAAAAUAAGAUCAAACAAACAAAAAAAAAGAGGCAAAAUAUUUUUAAAAAGAAACAAUGAAGGCAGUGGAAAUUAAGAUGGACCAGACAUAGAGCCCAUAGAUCCUCUUAAUAGAUAACAAAGAUGACAGCUAUGGAGGGGAGAAAUUACUGAUGACUCUAAGCUUUCUGCUUGGUUGUCUAUCAAGAACAGCAACAAACGGAAGGAAGAUGUUUGGGAAAAGGGAGAAUAGUGAGUUUGACAUGCAGACUGAAGUAUAUCCAGUGGAUAUAUUUGGUCAAUGACUAGAAAUACAGACGUCACAUCUUGGUGGGAGCUGGUAGAAAGAUACAGAUUUAGAAGCUGGCUGUGCAGAGAUGAGGCCCAAGUUUGCCGGAGUAGGCUGAAUCAUCUAGGCAGAACUACACAGUGAGAAAAAAGGACGUUCAAGGGUGAAACCUCAUACAACAUGUACAUUUGAAGAACAAGAAGCUGAACAAGUUUAAAAAAAAAAAAAAAAGAUGAAUCAUCAGAAAUAAGGGGAAAAAAGCAGAGUAUACUUAUUUUGAAUAAAGAAGCCAGUAUGAAUGUGAGAGGUACUUGGAAUUUCCAGAGAUACAAGGUACAAGAAAUUUUCAGAGAUAGAAUAAAAUGUAGAAUGAGAAGGAAACCAAUGGAUUAACCAUAUCAAAGCUGUUCUACAUGCAAUGGUGGCAGAGUCCGAUUUCAGUGCAUUGAGAAGGAAUAUGCAUAGAUGUCCACUCUUCUUUAAAAGUAUUUAGCAGAGAAAAUAAAGCACUGGGAGCUGUGUCUCGAAGGAAGGGAUUUUUUUUUUCUUUCUUUUUUGACCAGUACUUGUAAGUAUAUUUGUAGGCUGAAGAGAGAAGUCACGCUGUUUUCACUUGGGAGAAAAUGGUGUGUCAUGUAAUAUAUGACAUGUAUUUUUAAUAUGAGUAGUUAGUUAUAUUGCAUCUUAAAAAUUUUUCUUAUUUUAUACACGUGGUCCUAACUGUACAUGCAGUAGCAUAAUGGAAAAUUACAUUUGUUAGGUAUUUACAAAGGACUUUUACAUACAUUACUUCAUUUUACCUUUGUAGCUACUCUGAAAUACAUUGGUCAGUUGUACCUCUCUUUAUUCAGAUGAGAAAACUGAGUCUCAUUGAGGUGGAGCUUAAAAUCAUAUAAUUUGUGGUAAAAUAAGAUUUGACCCCACAUCUUGUGACUUGAAAUCUCAUUUCAGAUUUUACAGUUAAUCAGAGAUAUCUAAGUUGAUUUUUUUUCAACUUCUUGUUAAUAUAAUCCAUUCAACCAAAAUUCUGUUGAGAUACUAGGGUAGGUCAAAAAAAAUCCAGUUGUUAUCUUUCACAUGUUUAAUAUCUAGUACAAGGUGGCAGUCAAUAAACCAGCAAUUUCAAUACUGUGAUUUAUGUUGUAAAGUUGUCACAACGUGGUACCUUGUUUAGUUGAAUUCUUCUAUGCAAUUCGUAACUCAGUGUAAAAUUGAAAUAAAAUACCUCAUUUCUUCCAGUUGA